ACAAAGAAUUCGAAAGAAGAAAAGAAAAAAAAAAAGCAGAGCAAAAGGAAAAGAAAAAAAAAUGGCAUCAACAUUUGCAAGCACGAGCAGUGUGUUGAGGCCGACGCCGUUUCUUGGUCAGACCAAAGUCUCCAGUUCCAAUCCUCUGAGAGACGCUGUCUCUCUUGGAUCUCCCAGAUACAUUAUGAGCAAUGAUUUGUGGUACGGACCGGACAGAGUGAAGUACUUGGGACCGUUUUCCGUACAGACGCCGUCGUACCUCACCGGAGAGUUUCCCGGCGAUUACGGUUGGGACACCGCCGGUCUGUCGGCCGACCCCGAGGCCUUCGCCAAGAACCGAGCUCUUGAGGUGAUCCACGGGAGGUGGGCAAUGCUGGGAGCGCUGGGAUGCAUAACACCAGAAGUGCUGGAGAAAUGGGUCAGAGUGGAUUUCAAAGAGCCGGUCUGGUUCAAGGCCGGAGCUCAGAUCUUCUCUGAAGGUGGACUCGACUACUUGGGAAACCCUAACCUCGUCCACGCUCAGAGCAUCUUAGCCGUCCUUGCCUUCCAAGUCGUACUGAUGGGUCUCGUCGAAGGUUUCCGCAUCAACGGUCUCGAAGGCAUCGGUGAAGGCAACGACCUUUACCCGGGCGGUCAGUACUUCGACCCCUUGGGUCUGGCCGAGGACCCAGUCACGUUUGCCGAGCUCAAGGUUAAGGAGAUCAAGAACGGGAGGCUGGCUAUGUUCUCCAUGUUUGGAUUCUUUGUUCAGGCCAUUGUUACAGGGAAAGGACCUUUGGAGAAUCUCCUUGACCAUCUUGACAACCCGGUUGCCAACAAUGCCUGGGCUUAUGCCACUAAGUUUGUGCCUGGAGCUUGAUCUUGUUUCUGUAAAACAAUGGAUUCCUGGAAUGGAAAAGAAAAAACCCUAAUUUGAUAUUUUAUGCACA